CCGGGUCCCGGCCUCCGCAGCCGCCUUGGGGCGCGCUGAGCGCUGGCCGCUAUAGGCGGGCGCAUGUGGGGGCGCACGGCGCGGCGGCGCUGCCCGCGGGGACUGCGGCGCGGCCGCGAGGCGCUAUUGGUGCUGCUGGCGCUGCUGGCGUUGGCCUGGCUGGGCUCGGUGCUGCGGACGCGGCGCGGGGCCGGGGCCAGGGCUGUGGAUCCGGGACCCCCGCGCACCCCUCGCCUCGGGCGGCGAGAGCCAGUCCUGCCGCGGCCGCCGGUGCCCGCGAACGCGCUGGGCGCGCGGGGCGAGGCGGUGCGGCUGCAGCUGCAGGGCGAGGAGCUGCGGCUGCAGGAGGAGAGCGUGCGGCUGCACCAGAUUAACAUCUACCUCAGCGACCGCAUCUCACUGCACCGCCGCCUGCCCGAGCGCUGGAACCCGCUGUGCAAAGAGAAGAAAUAUGAUUAUGAUAAUUUGCCCAGGACAUCUGUUAUCAUAGUAUUUUAUAAUGAAGCCUGGUCAACUCUCCUUCGGACAGUUUACAGUGUCCUUGAGACAUCCCCGGAUAUCCUGCUAGAAGAAGUGAUCCUUGUAGAUGACUACAGUGAUAGAGAGCACCUGAAGGAGCGCUUGGCCAAUGAGCUUUCGGGACUUCCCAAGGUACGCCUGAUCCGCGCCAACAAAAGAGAGGGCCUGGUGCGAGCCCGGCUGCUGGGGGCGUCUGCGGCGAGGGGCGAUGUCCUGACCUUCCUGGACUGUCACUGUGAGUGCCACGAGGGGUGGCUGGAGCCGCUGCUGCAGAGGAUCCAUGAAGAGGAGUCGGCAGUUGUGUGCCCAGUGAUUGAUGUGAUCGACUGGAACACCUUCGAAUACCUGGGGAACUCCGGGGAGCCCCAGAUUGGCGGUUUCGACUGGAGGCUGGCGUUCACGUGGCACAUGGUUCCUGAGCGUGAGAGGAUACGGAUGCGAUCCCCCGUCGAUGUCAUCAGGUCUCCAACAAUGGCCGGUGGGCUGUUUGCUGUGAGUAAGAAAUAUUUUGAAUAUCUGGGGUCUUAUGAUACAGGAAUGGAAGUUUGGGGAGGAGAAAACCUCGAAUUCUCCUUUAGGAUCUGGCAGUGUGGUGGGGUUCUGGAAACACACCCGUGUUCCCAUGUUGGCCAUGUUUUCCCCAAGCAAGCUCCCUACUCCCGCAACAAGGCUCUGGCCAACAGUGUGCGUGCAGCUGAAGUGUGGAUGGAUGAAUUUAAAGAGCUCUACUACCAUCGCAACCCCCAUGCCCGCUUGGAACCUUUUGGGGAUGUGACAGAGAGGAAGCAGCUCCGGGCCAAGCUUCAGUGUAAGGACUUCAAGUGGUUCUUGGAGACUGUGUAUCCAGAAUUGCAUGUGCCUGAGGACAGGCCUGGCUUCUUCGGGAUGCUCCAGAACCAAGGACUGAAAGAUUACUGCUUUGACUAUAACCCUCCCGAUGACAACCAGAUCGUGGGACACCAGGUCAUUCUGUACGCCUGUCAUGGGAUGGGCCAUAAUCAGUUUUUCGAGUACACAUCCCAGAAAGAAAUACGCUAUAACACCCACCAGCCAGAGGGCUGCAUUGCUGUGGAAGCAGGAAUGGAUAUCCUUAUCAUGCAUCUCUGCGAAGAAACUGCCCCAGAGAAUCAGAAGUUCAUCUUGCAGGAGGAUGGUUCUUUAUUUCACGAACAGUCCAAGAAAUGUGUCCAGGCUGUGAGGAAGGAGUCGAGUGACAGUUUCGUUCCACUCUUACGAGACUGCACCAACUCGGAUCAUCAGAAAUGGUUCUUCAAGGAGCGCAUGUUAUGAAGCCUUGUGUAUCAAGGAGCCCAUCGAAGGAGACUGUGGAGCCAGGACUCUGCUCAACAGAGACUUAGCUAAGCAGUGACCAGAGCCCUCCAAAAACUAGGCUGCUCUGCUUUGAGGAGGGAAUCAUUUUGCCGUUUGUAAAAGUUGUGUUCAAUUUAGUAAAAAUGUGAAUAAGCUUUGUACUUACUUUGAAAAGUUUUUAAAUGUUCCAAAAUACUCUAUUUCCAAAGGGUAAUCAUAAGUUGUUAACCCUUGGUGUUUAGAAAAUUAAAACCUUAUAAUAUUUUUCUAUCAA